AUGGGACACAGGCGGAACUCCUCGUGCCGCGGGGAAUUUCCUUUCUUCUCUCGUUACCGCAACGCUCUGAAUUCUACUGGAUUUGCCGUGACGGACGGGGGCGAAGAUGGCGCCUUCGUUCUGAACGGCCGUGCUUAUAUUGCGGACGCGGACCGUGGAAGCGCCGCUCUCGUCCUGAGUGCGUCGGACGGCGGUAGUAGCCCAAGUAGCGCGGAGGCCAGUGAGGGGAGAUCCGCGGGUUCCGCAUUCACUUCCGCCGCGCUCUCGCCUCCGCUCAGCGGUGGAGGCUCGGCGCUCUCGUUCUCGGCGCGCUUCACGUUCCAGCUGGAGGGGCAGAACGAGGCUGACGUGGCAACGGGGCUUGCGCUCGUCAUCACUGGCGGACCCAACACCGCCGUCGGCCCGCCUAGCCUUGCCGGCUAUGGCGGCGCCGCCUUCAAUGCCAGCCUGGCAGUGGUACUAAGCGGCCGCCCGCCCAUCUCUGCCGGCGUGCUGCUGGGCGGCAAGACGGGCGGCGCUGGCAGAUGGGCGGCUCUCAACCCCUCGUCCCAUGACGCACCGCAUCUCCUGGUCCCGGGGGUGCAACAGCACGCCUGGGUGGACUACGACGCCUCCCUCGCCUCCCUCCGCCUCUUCCUCGGCGGCUCCUCCCCCACCAAGCCUGCAGCUCCGGUGCUCUCCGAGCCUGUCGACCUGGCUCGGGCGCUUGGCUUGGCACCAGAUGGCAGCUGCGCGGGCGGCGGGGGCGAGGUGGCGGUGGGCGGCGGUGGUUGUCUGUUUGUGGGGUUCACGGGAGGGACUGAAGCAACGGAUGAAGCUGAGAUGGCUGCAGCUGGGAUUGCAGAGGGAGUGGCCAGUAGAAAGAAAACAAUGCAAGUUAUAAUUCGCAUUUCCUGCGUUGGCUUCUCCUCUUCCUCCUCUGCUUCUUCCGGUCUCUACUCGCCCUUCUUCGUCCUCUCUGGGGAUGCUCAGGUCGGGCCCGGACCGAACUUCCCCAUCUGGCUCGACACAACCACCAAUGCUGCCGGCUGUGCCUUCUCCAUCCCGAGCCUCAGCCUCAGCCUCGGCAGUGGUCCGGUGGCGUUUGAGGCGGCGUUUUCGUUCUCGUUUGCAGCAAGUGCGGAUUACAACAGCUGGGGCAGUCGAGGGCUGGCCUUUGUGCUCACUGCCGGGGAGAAGACCGCCUGUGGCCGCAGCUCCGCCAGCAACAUCGGGUAUGGAUCGGCCCCCAACGCGUCCUUUGCAAAGAGCAUAGCGGUGGAGCUGAGGGCUCGGCCGACGGCGUGUGUGGCGGUGGUGGUGGGCGGGCUGGUGGCCGGCGACAACUGUGCCGACUCCGAUGCGAUGGCGCUGCUGCCGCCUGAACAGGCGUUCACGCUGAACGAGCCGCAGCACAUGUGGAUGAGUUACGACGGCAGCAGUGGCGUGCUGCAGGUGUUUGUCUCCCCAGGCGCGGCCACCAAGCCCUCGGCGCCCGUGUUGGUGGCGCCCAUGGAUGUGGCGGCGGUUCUGGGAGGCACGGCGGGGCUGUCGGUGGGCUUCACAGGCGCGUCGUGGUGGACAUGGGUGGACGACCUUGAAGACCACCUCAUCCACUCCCUGUCUUUUGAAGCUGUCACUCCCGGGUCCCAGCAGUCACUUCCGCCCUCCCCUGCGCCCACCACGUGCCACCUCGCCCCCUCCAACACGCGUCUCACCUGUUCGGGCUUUGCGGGCCGCUCAGCCUUCCGCCUGAACGGCUAUGCCCACGUGGGGCCCGCCCCCUCCUUCCCCCUCGUCCUCGACACCGGCGGCACCGCUGGCAGUGCGCUCACCCUCGCUGACCUGGCGCUCUCUCUGGAUUCGUCCACGUCAGCAGCAACAGCAGGGGGAGGAACAGGAAAAACAGCAGCAACAGCAGCAGGAAAAACAUCAGGAGAUACAGCAACAGCAGCAGUGGCGUUUGAGGCGGCAUUUGCGUUCUCGGUGUGGACGGAGACGUCGUAUGGCUACCGGGGCAGCAGGGGCCUGACGUUUGUCAUUAGCAGCGGAGACAAGACUGCGUGCGGGUCGAGCAAGAUGGGAGCCAUAGGGUACGGGGGAGCAGCACCAGGGGCGUUCAAUGGGAGUGUGGCGGUGGAGGUGCGGUCGGGGCCCACCUCGUGUGUGGCUGUGGUGGUGAACGGCGUGGCUUCAGGUGACAACUGCGCUGCUGCUGACCACAUGACCGGCCUCACAGGCGAUCAGAAAAUAGCACUGAGCGAGAGGCAGCACGCGUGGGUGGCAUACGACGGCACAUCCCAGUCAUUGGAGGUCUAUCUGGGUGGCAGCGACGGCUUAAAGCCCGAGGAGCCGGUGCUGCGGGCGUCGCUUGAUCUUGUGGCAGUCAUUGGUGCCACGUCAGCGUCUGUGGGAUUCACAGCUGGCACGUGGUGGUGGGGAUGUGGCGACACAGACGACCACCACCUCAUCCACUCCUUCUCCUUCAACACCGUGUCCCCUGGGUUCUUGCCAGCAGCGCAGCCAACACAGGCGCCCACCUGCGAAACCACCGCCUCCUCUCUGCACUGCACUGGGUUCGCCGGCUCCACCCCCUUUGACCUCAACGGCUACGCGCAGCUCGGCCCGGCGCCGCACUUCCCGCUCUGGCUCGACUCGUACGAUUCUGUCGGCUCUGCGCUCUCCCUCGCGCCCCUCUCCCUCCUCACCGCCUCCGCCCGCUCCUCCGCCUUUGAAGCCGCCUUCUCCUUCACCUUCCUUGCUGAUGCCUGCGCUGCUAAUGUGAGCGUGGGCCGCGGCUUUGCCUUUGUUCUCACUAGCGGCGCUACAACUGCCCUUGGGAAGGCAAAUGCAAGCUCCGUCGGAUAUGGCUCAGCCAAUGGGACGUUCGCCAGGAGUGUGGCAGUGGAGUUCCGCCUGUGCCCUGUACCCUGUAUAGCUGUCUCCUCUAAGGGAGUUGUGGCGGGAGACGGCUGCGCUAACGCUGAGUAUGGCGUGACACUUUCAGAUCCAGAGGCCUUCCCUCUCAACACACAGCAGCACGCUUGGAUGACCUACCACGGGCCUUCCCAGACGCUCAGCGUGUUCCUCGGAGGAGCUUCCUCUGCUUCUGCCACUUAUUCUGAUUCGUCAUCAGCUUCCUCCACUUCCUCCACUUCCUCCUCCACGUCACCGCCGGUCAAGCCAGCUGUACCAGUGCUCACUGCCCACGUGGACAUCCCAGCCAUCCUCGGCGCCACGUCAGCGUCGGUCGGAUUCACAGCUGGCACGUGGUGGUGGCAGUGGGGGGCGAACGAGCGCCACAUCAUUCACGACCUGGCGUUCGUGGGAGGAACCUUUUUUGAGACUUCCAACGUGACUGCAGAGCUCACAGUUCGGUUCGACCCGGCAAAACAGACAGAGCUGGGUGCUUUUUCCGUGUCAACCACUCAACCAAGCAGCACCACAUCCAGCAGCAGCAACAGCAGCAGCAGCGACAGCAGCAGCACUCCAACCACCACCACCACCACCAACAACACCAGCACAUCUGUCUCUCUUGCAUCGCUCACCCCCGACUCGACACCGCCCAUCGUGGAGCUCCAUUUCACUCCCCAAGGCAGCAGCAGCAGCGUGCUUCCAGGGGCUCCAAGGACGCCUGUUUCUCGGCAUCAGAUCACUGCCUCUCGCCCCGCUGUGCGGGCACAUGUGUAUGUGUCCAACAUGGAGGAUCGACCCAUGGCUGACGUGGCAGUAACGGCACGCAUCACCUACCCCAACGACACCGACGCCUCCCACUGCUUCGUCUUCAGCGACCCACUGCUGCAGGGGAUUGACGACGUCAGCGGUGCAGGUACCAUCCUGUCAAAUGCUUUUGCCAGCAUCGAUUGGCUGUUUCUGCCACUUGACUGCGCCGCCUCAGCUGCUCCCACGAACUUCCAGCUGGGCGGCAGUCUUCAGUACACACUGCGAGACCCAUCAGCAUCUGUGACACCAACGCCAUCACUUUCUGCUGCUGCUGAAGGCACAUCAGCGCCACCACCAUCAUCACCACCAGCAUCAGCACCUGCAACAGCACCAGCGCCAGCAGAGGCGGUGCCAGCAGAGGCGGUGCCAGCAGAGGCGGUGCCAGCAGAGGCGGUGCCAGCAGAGGCGGUGCCAGCAGAGGCGGUGCCAGCAGAGGCGGUGCCAGCAGAGGCGGUGCCAGCAGAGGCGGUGCCAGCAGAGGCGGUGCCAGCAGAGGCGGUGCCAGCAGAGGCGGUGCGAGAGCUGGUGGAGGUGACGAGUGUGCGAGUGACGGUGGCCCCUCCUCCCGAGCUGCAAGUGCAUUACUUUGUGCCCCGGCACGUGCAAGGAGACGACCUCACCACUCCUCAGGUCCGCAUGGGGAGAGUGGGCAUCGGAGAGUGGGCGAGUGGGAAUACUGGCAAGGCUGUGGAGGCACCGGUGCCAGUCACGCUUGGAGCACUCUUUUACAACGCCGGCCACGGCACAGCUGCUGCUAUCACCACACAGUCACUGCUGCCCACUGCUUCCACCACCACCACCACCACUGCUGUCGGCACCACCACUGCUGCAAGGAUCACCACCGCUGCUGACGUGGGCGCUACAACCACAAGUAACGGCGGGACCACAACGGGUGACACGAGCAGUGCCGCCAUGAGUUUCAACAUCACCAAGACAGUGCUGGGCAAUGAGCCGCAGCCGACAUCCUUCUCCGUGAAGGUGGGAAGCAUCCCUCCUUCCGCUACAGCCAUGGUGCGCUGGACCAUAGAAUCCAGCCUUACAGGCACAUUCGAUACAGUCACCACCACCACCACCACCACCUCCUCCUCCCCGCUCACCGGCCUCUCCCCCAUUCUCGAGUCAGUUGACAUUCACAACCUCGUGCACGUCGUCUACCUACCCGACUCUGCUUCAGACGACGGGCUGCCGGAUUUCCUGGUGGACGAUGAUGGGGACGAGCAGCCGGAGGCCAUCUACAGCAGCGCUGGUAACCGCGUGCUGCCCGUAACCGCCGUGCCCUCUGCUGCUCUCACGCUCGGCCGCCCGCUCUUCACCAGCGAGACGCGCGCCAAGCUCACUGUCGCUGUAAACUGGUCUGCCCUCGCACCAGCAGCAGCAGGGGGGUGGGCGCACAUGUCAUUUGCAUCGCAGCUGCCGUCGCACUGCUGGAAUCUCACCGCUGCUCUCCGAUCCAACGGCUCUCAGCUGCCCGUGCCCUUCAACACCUGGUCCUCCUUCUCCUCCUCCCCCGCUGCUCCCACUGCCACCGCUGCUGCCCCUGCCCCUGCCACUUCAACCACCACUGCCCCUGCUUCUUCCACCCCUGCUUCUUCCACCCCUGCUUCUUCCACCCCUGCUUCUCCUGCUUCUGACACCACUCACAUUCUUGACUUUGUCUCCUCUCCCUCCUACACUCUCUUCUUCUCUUACUAUGAUCAGACCCUCUCCUUCCCCCACCUCUCCCCCUGCUUCCAGGCUGUCAUGCCUCCCCCUCCCUCCCCCCCCAACCCUCCCCCUUCCCCUCCCCCUCGCCCACCCCCCCGCCCCCCUCCAAACCCUCCAAGGCCUCCCCCAAAACCCUCGCCUCCCCCCCGCCCACCCCCAAGUCCCCCCAGGCCCCCAUCUCCCCCACCCCGACCUCCCCCGAAUCCCCCCAAGCCUCCCCCUCCGCCUUCCCCUCCCCCACGCCCUCCCCCUCGCCCUCCUUCCCCCCCUCCCAAGACUUCAACCACUGGUAAGCCCCCUCCCUCCCCUCCCCCUAAGCCUCCGCCCUCCCCUCCCCCUAGGCCUCCGCCCUCCCCUCCCCCUAGGCCUCCGCCCUCCCCUCCCCCUAAGCCUCCACCCUCCCCUCCCCCUAGACCACCCCCAAGCCCCCCACCACUGAAAUCACUCACAAGUUCUCCCCCACCAAGACCCCCUCCCUCUCCUCCCCCCAAACCUCCUCCAUCUCCUCCUCCCAAACCACCUCCCAUACCUCUGAAACCCCCUCCCAGCCCACCUCCUAAAAAGCCCAGCCCCCCACCACCGAAACCCCCUCCUCCCAGGCCCCCACCACCCAAGCGCAGGGACCGCGACAGAGACGGCUCCUGCAGCAAGUCCGGCGGCUGCACCGGCAGCGGCAGCGGCAGCCGCCAGAAAACUGGCACUGGCCAGCAGGGCGACGGCUCCUGCAGCAAAUCCGGCGGCUGCACAGGCAGCGGCGGCGGCGGCCGGCAGGGCAGCAGCCGGCAGGGCGGAAGCGGCGCAGGCGGGCGCGGAGGCGGAGCGGGACGAACGGGGAGCGGCGCUGGCGCGGGUGCGGGUCGCGGCGGGCAGCUGGGCGGGAGCAACAGCGCUGGCAAGGUGCGACAAGGCAAGAAGGGCGGCGGAAACUGCAGCGGCAGCGUGUCCGGCUCGUGCAACGGCGGGGGCGGAGGGUCGGGGAGAAACGCGGCGGCGGCGAGCAUUCAGAGUGCGGGGUACGUGGUGGCGGACAACCGGGAGAGGGAUCGCAAGAGGGACGGGUCUGGCGACCAGGACCGCGACCGCGACCGCAAGCGCGACGGCUCCGGCUCCUCUGGUUCCUCCUCGUGCUCGCGAUCUGGCGGCUGCACUGGCAGCGGCAGCGGUGCUGGUCGGCAGGGUUCGGAGCAGCAGCAGAGCCGCGGUCGUGGCGCAGGUGCAGGCGGAGCGGGCAGCAUGAGUGGAGGGGGCGGGCGGCAGGGAGCGGCUGGACGCACGGGCGCGGGCGCAGGGAAGGGGGCUGGCGCGGGGUUGAGGGGGAGCGGUGGGGGAGGCGGGAACUGCAACGGAAGUGGGUCUGGGUCUGGAAACUGCAAUGGGAGUGGUGCGGGCAGGAAAGGGAGUGGUGGGGGAGGUGGUGGGAACUGCAAUGGAAGCGGGUCUGGAAACUGCAAUGGGAGUGGUGCAGGCAGGAAGGGAGGGAGGAAGGGGGGACGCGGGGACAAUGACGACAAUGACGGCGAUGACUAG